CGCUGAACGUCUACUUUCGUUUUAUCUCAGCGAUAUACCGGAAGGUGUACAUGUGGAACAAGCGCAUUUCUAGAUUAUUUCAUGCUGUUAAAGCAGUGACAUUUUGUAACAUGUCUUCCCGUCCAAGUAAUGUUUUAAUAUACAAAGGAGAGGGUGCCAAAGAGGAAAAUGUUGAACAACUCCUGAAGCAAAUAUCAAAAUAUACAUCACCAGCUAAAUACAACAUCAAGACCAUUUCUCCUGAAGAAACCAAAAAAGGAACUUGGACAUCAUCAACAGCUCUAUAUGUGAUAGGAGGGGGAUAUGAUCUGGGCUUCAUUAGGGCACUUGGAGAUGAGGGUACGCUGAAGAUCCGUGACUAUGUACGGGCAGGUGGCAGGUACCUAGGUAUUUGUGCUGGGGCAUACUUCGCAUGUAACAGUAUAGAGUUUGACAAGGGAGGACCACAGCAGGUGUGUGGAGACAGGAUCCUCAGGUUUUUCCCAGGAGUGUGUGUUGGCCCUGUACACGGCCCCUACAACUACAAUGUCAAGGUCAGUGCUAGGGCAGUACCUAUCCAGUUCUCUGACCCGAACUGGAACCCCCAACAAAGCACAUCCUUAUGUGGUUAUUUUAAUGGUGGUGGGAUGUUUCUACCACAGGAACUGUUUAACAGAAGUAAAAUUACUAGAGACUCAGAGAAUUACGACCAAAAUCUUGGUAAUGACGAAGAUGACAAAAUCCGUCAAGAGAUCAAAGACAGACAUGUUUUGGGUGUGGAUGCAGAAAUGGAAAUGAAACAAGAUGAAAAUGGUAACGAUCAACAAUCUGGAACUAUCAAAGACAUUCUUUGUCAUUUUGCUGAGGUCAAAGGUCAACCGUUGGCAGCGUUAACAUGUAAGGUGGGUGGCGGAUUGGCCGUGUUGUCAGCUGUUCAUCUGGAGAUGGACAGCCAGAGCCUGAACAAAGAGGACAAAUUCUUAAAGCCAAUCAUCACUCAGCUUACAUCCUACGAUGGGGAGCGUGAGAAGUGCUUUGGUUCUUUGUUACGUCAUGCAGGAUUGGAUGUGCUGACAUCAAGUUCAGACUGAAUUUCAUAUACCGAUAUAGCUGGUCCUGUUUCAUCAACAUUCCAAAGGAAAAUUAUAUUGGAUAUAAGGAAGAAUUCUAGUUAAUUAAAAGAACUCUUUUUUUAAAAACUUUCCUUUGGAAAAUUUUACACAAAGUUUUCUCAAGUUGAGAUUUAUUGGUGAAACUGUAGCCAGGAAUGUUUUUCAAAAUUGUAUUAUUUUUUAAAUCAUUUUAAACACAUGAAAGUUGUCAUAUUUAUCUGGUAAUAAGCCCUCCAAUGUGUAUUGUAGUAAAUCUUUUAACAAUGCUUAUUUCAUUAUCCUUCAGUAAGCCCGCCAAUUAAUUUGAGUCAAAGCUUAUGCAUUUGCUUCCAGGGCUUAUAACAGGAUAAAUAUGGUAAACAUAUAUACUUAUGUGUUCAGGUAUUUAUGUAUAGGUAAGUGUUGAAGCUUAACUGAAAUGUGUGAAGUAUGGUACAUUGAUUAAUUUGUGUUAUAUGCAAGUGAUGUAAUUUGUUAGUAUCAAAAUGUGUUCAUUGUUAUUGCUGUUUAAUUCUGAGAAAAGAUUACCUGAAAAUAAAAACAUUUGUGUUGAUUCUGAUCUAAAACCCUGUUCAGUUUUGUUUGAUUAUGGACAAAGUAGAGUGUAUGUUUUCAAUUUAACUGAAUUUAUUUAUUGUAAUCUCACCUGGCCUACCAUAAGCUCAAACCAACUGAGCUAUCAUAGCGCUGACCUGGGUUAAGACCAAGCAAAGUUUUCAAUAUAAAGAUACAACCUUAACUGAUAUUUCAGGUUGCAGGAGUCCAACAUUUUUUUUAUCAUUCAAACGUCUACUGAUAUUGAACUUGUAUCUUCCCUCAUACACCAUAAACAAGAUUGUUCUUGAAAACUUUCAAUAUAACCUUGGGAGAAGGGGGGUUCUUGUGACUGCAUGUAUAUAGUUUGGACAUUUCAGGGUGAUAACACUUUAAAAUGGUCCAAUGAUCUGUUGGACACUAUCAUCAAGUGAUAUUGACCACUGUGUGGAUAUAAAACCUUAGAUGAAUAAAAACACAGCUCUUAAACUCUAGAUUGGGAAGGGUUGAUAUAGAGGAAGGGUCCAAAGGUCACACCGAAAGGAUUACCAAAUAAGAAAAUUACAAUUUCUUUUUUUUAGAAAAAACAACAAAAUUUAUAAUAAUGUGCAAUUAUUUAUUUCUUUUUCUGUUUAACCUACAACAUUAAAAUAAUUUGUAAUUAUAUAGCUGGCAAAAGCAGACAUAACUGAAGAUCAAAUUAGGAUAGAUUGUAUACUUCCAUCGCCACUGGAGAAUAUUAAUGCUGUGUAAAAUAAUGAAAUUUUAUCUCCUAUAUAUUUCAUCUUUUGUAAAAUAGUUUUGAUAUGUAUGGUAUGUAGUGGAAUAUGUAAUAUGUAUUCCAUUUUCUGUUGAAACAUUUUUUCUUUCAACUCGAUCAAAGAAGUAAAAAUAUUAGAAAAGGAAAAGCAAGCUUUAAGCCUGAAGGACAAUCUAUAUUAAGGAGAAUGAAAUUAUGUAAAUUGAUACAUACUUCUCCAAAUAAGAAAUAGGUAUGCUGUAGCAUACAUUAUACACUAUAAUGAAAACAAAUAGUUCAUGCCAGAGGAAAACAAAAAGAAUAACAUUGUAUUUUGACAAUGACUAAUCUGAACAAACAAGAACAAAUAAUUAUUGUCAUUGUAAUACAGCUCAAAGGAUCACAAAAUUUGCAACAAAUCAUUGUUUAAUGGUAAAAACAAUUAUACUAUAUAUAUAAAUUGUUGUUUUCUGUCUUGAGAUUCAAUUAAAUACAUUUGACAUAUAGCUGUGGUCACACUGACCAAAUAAAAGCAUAAAGCCGUCUAAUACUGUGCUUACUAUUUAACAUGAAUGUGCAGUACAUCUUUACUGGAACUUUUACAUGACAUACAUGAAUAUUAAUAUGUGAGGUAUGACAAAAAAUACGACAAAAUCUUCAGUUGUUGAAGGUAGACACCAGUAGAUACCGGGGAAAAUUUUACUGAAAAAUUCCCCAAAAACUAAAUCUUUACAAUGAAAAUUACCCAAAAGCAAAAUCUAUACCUAUUUUUUUUUUUUUUUUUUUUGAAUUUUAAAUUCAUCCCAUGACAUAUACAGCAAAUACAUACGUUUCAGUGCCUUGUGCAGUAGGAAUGCUGCCUUGUUUUUAUGAUCAGAUGUUUAGGAAAAUACACGUGAAC